UUUCCAAGCUCCCUCCGUGGCGCGAGCGAUCCCAACACACCCGCGCGUGGAUCCCUCCAAUCCCCUCGCUGCGCUCGUUUUCCGGCCGCUGUCACGAGGCGUAUCGGGCGUCACCGCGUGAGGCUGCUUCUACGGCGACGUCGAUUCCACGCCGAUUUAGGCAGGCCGGAGUACGGCGCGCGAGGACCAGAAUGGGCGAGGCAAGUUGAAAUCGGAUUUCUGGGAGCAAACUUUGCUUGCCAGGAUUCGGUUUCGGUUGUUCUUCGAUGGGUCGUUGGCUCGGACGGCCAUUGUGAUUGUUUCCGAUAAUUCUCGUCGACGACGAGUUCCGGCAGGAAAGAUGGAUUUGGAGGAUAUUAGCGUGGAGCUGGCUCAAAUUGAGGGCAACCUCAACGAUAACUUUCGCGCAUUAUCAAAUGGAUUUCAGAAGCUGCAAAAGAUCAAAGAACCAAGCAGACAGAGCAGGCAGUUAGAAGAACUGAGUGACAAGAUGAGGGAAUGCAAGAGGCUCAUCAAAGAGUUUGAAAGAGUCAUGAAGGAAGAGGAUAGUAGAAAUCCACCUGAUACGAAAAAGGCGUUGAAUGAAAGAAAGCAAGCAAUGAUCAAAGAACUAAACUCAUAUGUUGCUAUGAAGAAGCAGCAUGCGAGUGAAAAUAAACGAGUUGAUCCUUUCAGUGGUAGUGAAGAUGUAUAUUCUGAAGAAAAUGUUCUAUUGGCAUCAUCUAUGACCAAUGAGCAGUUGAUGGAUACUGGAUACCGUAUGAUGGAUGAAACAGAUGAAGCAAUUGAGCGAUCAAAGCAGGUUGUUCAAGAAACCAUUAAUGUUGGAGCAGAAACAACAGCUGCUCUCAAGGCACAGACUGAGCAAAUGAGUAGGAUUGUGAACGAACUGGAUUCAAUUCAUUUCUCAAUCAAGAAAGCAUCCAAACUCGCAAAGGAAUUAGGCAGACAGAUUGCAACUGACAAAUGCAUAAUGGCAAUGCUUUUCCUAAUAACAAUGGGGGUUAUAGCUAUCAUAAUCGUCAAGAUUGUGCAACCAGAUAACAAAGACAUACAGGACAUUCCUGGACUUCCUCCUCCGGCAAGUCGGAAGCUUCUGUGAAAUCUGUGUCAAUUGAAGGUUUAAUUCUUUGUCUCAAACCUCAAAACUUUUUUUUUCUUCCCAAAAUGCACUUAUCGUAGAAGUAUAAAACUAAGUCCUGUCUCUGAUUGUUUAUACUUGUGUUAAGAAUGUAUUUUAAGUGAAAAU